AUGACUGACUCACGAUUUUUCAGGGAAAAGUAUUAUAGGCUUCGGGAAAAGUUUGACAACCUCAACAAGCAACGAGAUGAAUUGAAACACAGCUUAGACCUUACAAAACACAAAAUGCGUAAGCUAAAGGAAGAAAACAAUCACCUCCUUGAUCUAAUGAUGGAUAUGAAUCCCACACUCGCCGAUGAUUUAUCAAAUAGCUCUUCUUCCGAGGAAGGUGUGCUAUCUGAUGUAACCAGCGAUGAGGAUGAAUCUAAUCCUAAGGCUACGGGUAGCCGAUAUGGCUCACGGAAUUCAGCAAAACGCAAAGCUGACGAAGCUCUAAAUGCCGAAGAUCCAUUGCCCAAAAAGCGUAAAGCAAGAACGCCAACUGCACCAAGCUUGAAAAAAAAACGAGAUGAUCGUACUGACGCUAAACGAGUUGAGCCUUUACCCAUGAAUUUAGACGGAACUCUUAAAUUGCCUGUCACUAUCGGCAAAGGAACCAACGAAGUGACUAUAUUUAGAAUUGGUCACAUCGUUUGGGAUCGUGAAGCGUAUCAUACAAAUCGUUAUAUCUUCCCCGUUGGUUUUAUGAGUAAAAAACAAUACUUAAGUGCUGUGGAUGUGACAAGAAGAACAACAUACACCAGUGAAAUUUUGGAUGGAGGCGAUAAUCCCAUUUUUCAGGUAAUUGCUGAAGAUCAACCAGGUAGAAAAUUUGUGGCUAGUUCAUCAAGUGGUGUAUGGAAAAAGAUUUUGGACGAAAUUAAUGUUCAGGGUGUUCCAUCAAAAACUCAUGCCAGUGGACCUGAAAUGUUAGGAUUGAGCCAUUUGGGAAUUACUAAAUAUAUCCAGGAACUUCCCGGCGCUGAGAAGUGCACAAAAUACGUGAUGCAACGCUGGCUCGAUGAUGAUGCUCCAUCCAGAUUUCACCCAAAGGCCCUAAUUAAACAAGAAAGUCCCGACGAUGAUGAUGAUGAGUCUGUAAUGACCAAUAUGACCAAUGGAAAUGAUUAUGGUAGCAUGGACGGAAGUGAAGCACAAAUAAAGCAAGAAAGCAUUGUCUCAUAA